UAGGUCAAGUUUCCAUAAUGCGGAGCGGAAUUGAUGGUACAGGCAAUGUAUAAAGAGGUAGAUAACAAGCUACAUCUCAAGCAUCACCAGUCACAAUAAUCACAUCAUCUUCACAGUUUCAAUUACUAUUCUACAGCAACAAACACCAUUCCACAAAAUGUCCUCUUCAACUGUGCAGCCAAUCAAAGUCUGGGGCAAGGGAGGCCCAAAUCCCCCAAAGAUCGCAAUGAUUGUAAAAGAGCUCAACAUUCCUCAUGAAAUCAUCCCGAUCGAAUUCUCCGAACUCAAAAAACCCGAUUUCCUUGCCAUCAAUCCUAAUGGACGCAUGCCCGCAAUCCAAGAUCCCAACACCAACCUCACACUUUGGGAGUCCGGUGCUAUCAUCGAAUAUCUGAUUGAGAAGUACGACGUAGAACGAAAGAUCUCAUUCGAGCCAGGUACAUCGGAGUACUACCACGCUAAGCAAUGGCUCUUUUUCCAGGUCUCCGGCCAAGGACCAUACUACGGACAAGCUGUCUGGUUCAAGAAAUACCAUCCGGAGAAGGUGCCUGGCGCAGUUGAGCGUUACAUCAAAGAGAUCGAGCGUGUGACUGGCGUUUUGGAGACGCACCUAAAGGCCCAAAAGACCAACGGAGAGGAUGGACCUUGGCUCGUGGGAGACAAGUUCUCUUACGCCGAUUUGGCCUUUGUUCCCUGGCAGGUAUUAUCAUCUGUGCUCCUCGUGGAGGAUGGACUUGAUCUGAGCCCGUUUCCGACCGUUCAGAGGUGGAUCGAUAAUCUGAAGAAGAGGCCAGCGAUUGGCGAAGUCGUUGCGGAAAUGUUCAAGCAUUGAUACUUGGGCGCUAUCUUUGAUUAGCAUUUGGAACGGGCGAAUCUGAAUAUGCGGAAUUGGAAUGACAUCAUAUAGACUUUAGUAAACGACAUAAAUGGAAUAACGUGUUUCAUAAGCGAGCUGGCACCCCAAGCGAGCUGGC